AUGGAUCCUCCAGAUGGUGCGAGGCUGUCUCAGGCAGCACCUGGUGUUGCCACACCCGGCCCAUCAACACCGGUGCCCAGUACUUGCCACCAUGUGUGUGUCCUUAAGUGCAGCUGGAAUUGUGCCACAAUAAGCCGAGCUGAACAUGCAGGAUCGGGGGCUGCUGUCCUUCUUCCAAGUUCUACGGAGGAGGUGUCUGCAGUGUUGUCACACUGUCAUGGCCGCCGCUUGGCCAUCUGCCCACAGGGAGGCAACACAGGCCUGGUGGGUGGAAGCGUGCCCGUCUUUGACGAGCUGGUUCUCUCGACAGCACGCAUGGCCAAGGUGAACACCAUCGACCCCUUGUCUGGUGCAGUGUCAUGUGAGGCCGGCUGCGUGUUGGAGGCAUUGGACACGCAGGUAGGGGAGGAGGCAAUGCUUGCAGUUCCCCUCGACUUGGGUGCCAAGGGCUCCUGCCAGAUAGGAGGCAACGUGGCCACCAACGCCGGUGGCCUGAGGCUGCUUCGCUAUGGUCCCCUGCAUGGUUCCGUACUCGGACUGGAAGCGGUGCUGGCAGACGGCACCGUGCUGGACACCAUGCAGACAUUGCGCAAGGACAACACAGGCCUGGACCUGAAGCAGCUGUUCAUUGGCUCUGAGGGCAUCCUGGGCAUAAUCACACGCAUUGCCAUCCAGUGCGUGCCUCGCCCAUCCUCUGUGUGCGUUGCUUUCCUCGGCUGUCCUAGCUUCAAUGCCACACUGCAGACUUUCCACAUGGCACGCCGGCAGCUGCCCGAGUUCCUCUCAUCCUUUGAGGUGAUGGACGCGGAGUCAAUGCGCUGCGUCCGAGACAACUUGCGCCUCCGGAUGCCCUUGGAAGGGGAGCACCCUUUCUAUCUGCUCAUUGAAGUGGCCGGCUCGAAUGACAACACCGUGGAAGAGAGCCUGCUGCAGUUUGUGGACAGCUGCAUGAGCCACUCUCAUGUCUCCGAUGGAACAAUGGCCAAGGAUUCAGCACAUGUCAAGGAAUUGUGGCGUCUGCGCGAGAGCAUCGGCGAAGCACUGCGUCAUGAUGGCUAUGUGUACAAGUACGACAUCUCGGUGCCACUGGCCUCAUAUAUGGAUGCGGUGGCUCUGGUACGCGAGAAGGUGCGAGACACCAGUGCCAUACGUGUGUGUGGCUUUGGGCACAUGGGUGACUCCAACUUGCACCUGAACAUUACUGCCGCUGGCUGGGACGAGGCACUGCUGACACGCAUUGAGCCAUUCGUCUACGAGUGGACAGCUUCUGUGCGGGGGAGCAUCAGCGCCGAGCAUGGAAUUGGUCUGCACAAGAAACGGUACCUGCACCUGUGCAAGACACCUGCUGCCCUGGGGGCAAUGCACAGCCUCAAAAGGACUUUCGACCCUCUAGGAAUUCUUAACCCAUACAAGAUGCUGCCUACUUUGUGACUCUGCUGUGGUAGGCAUGGCAGUGCUGCGAAAUAGAGGCCUCAGAUUAACAUUUCUUGGAGAAGACAGUGUUAUGUACGUCACAAAUGUUUACGUGCAUAAUGUACAGUGCAAGAAAGAUGGGGACUAAGAAAAGAAAUGGACAUGACAGGCACUGCAUGUCCGUUUUAUACCUAGUGUUUACCCUCUACCUUUGUGCAGUAGGCUCUUUUGUCGGAUUAUUAUGCAAAGGUGCUUCCUUUUUAAGCCUGUUGCACAAGUAUGUGGAGAUAUAUUUAAACCUCGAUAUGAUGAGCUUCAAUAUAACAAAGUUCUCUAUAUAAAGAAAUAUAACUUUUCAUAACUUCUUGUCUAUAGGGCACCGUGUAUUUUGAAGCCCAAUAUAACGAAGUGUGUUUAUACAUGGUUUCAAUGUAACGAAAUUUCACUGCUGCCACUAAGAAAUACCAAGGAAAUCAAUGGGAACUGCCACAGCUGCAGAUGGUCGAAUGGUUGAAUUACAUGAUGUUGCCGCCAAACGCACCUCCCGAAGUGCCCGCCACACAACAGAGAGCAGCUGUCGAAGUGGAUCUUAUGAACAUAAGCACUAAAUGCAAGACCGUGUUGUCAUCAUGUUUCUUGUAAAGUGCAAUAAGAUCCAAUAAGCGGA